AUGAAUGUAUUUCCUCAGAACCCCAAGGCACUGCCCACACUCCUCUCCGAAGAAUACAGGAGGCAGUUGCCGAAACAUGGAGCAGGGCUUGAGGAAAAUCCACUUUCCAAGGCCAAAUUCGGAACUGAUAAUUCAGAAUACAUCUUCAUACAUGUCUUAAGAGCUGCCCCCAGCUGGAGCUCUGCACUUUUGGGCUACCAUUCUGCCACACCCUACACGUCCUCAGCACAGAUCCGGGAUGUUAAUGCACAAGACGUGCGGUCUUCGCCAAGCCGGGCACAUGCCCACUCAGGCCCCGGGGCAUCACCAUUUUCUGAGGGAUCAGCACCCCAAGAGCCGCUGCAGCCCCUGCCGCCGCCAGGCCUGCUAGAAGAGCCCCAGCGUCCCACAGCCAGAUGCAGCGGCCGCGCAGCCCAGUCCUGGGGCGCAGAAGCCGCCUCCAGAGUCCCUGGGCAGGCUCCCCACCUCCUGCGAAGGGGGACCGGCUUCCUAACCCCGAACUGGAACCUGGGCGCGCGGCGGGAGGGCGGGACGCCGUGGUCGAGCCUCACAGUCUCUGCGGAGGGUGACCUGCGCCCCGGCGGGUGGUCCGCGGACACACCCAGGGCCCGCCGACACACCCAGGGCCAGCCCAGCAAAGUGCGUGAGUGUGUGCAAAGCGCCGCUAACUUUCCCGGAGUCGCACACCGCUCCCUCCAGGGCUCGCAGGCUACGGCCUCUGCCCAGGACGGCUCCCCCAGCUCCGCCCGCGGCCCUCCGCCUCUCCGCGCCCACCCGCGGCCCCCGGCUCCCGACCCCCGACCCCCGCGCAGGCGCUCUCGCCCCUGCCCCGUCGGGGCCGUCAGCAGGCUCCGUCCCCGUCCCCGUCCCCCGACCUGGUACGAUCCCUGGCGGGGCGGUGGCUCCGCGCCUCAAAUAGUCCCGGCCGGCCCGCCUCUCCCGGGGCGGGACCUCCACCCACACACACCCGGGCCUCUCCCCGCCGUGGGGCCGGGCACUUCCCCACCGCACACCCGGCGCCGCAGUGGCGCCUGA